AUGAUAAGUCUGCAAGAGGAAGCAAUCUGUCCAGUUUGUCUCGGACCCUUCUUCACUCCCAUUUCUCUCUCCUGUCUGCAUAUAUUCUGCUAUGAUUGCAUCCAAAAAUGGCUGCUGAAAAGGGAGGAUCUGAAAUUGAUUUGCCCCUUAUGUCGAAAAGCAAUCUCAAAACUUCCUUUGGUGGAAUGGCAAGUUGGAAUCCUCACUGUUUGCAUCAAACAGCACAGUUUUCUACUGGAGCAAAGUCUGUCCGUGAGAGAUGUGUUCCGGAGGUUCCAGAAGCAUAUGACUCUGGAUGCAGCCACAGCCAACUCUAGCCUAGUCCUCUCUGAUGACCUGAGACAAGUCCACUGUGGGAAGACCCGCCACAACCCGAUGGGAGAUACCUACAUGGCCUUCGUUCUAGGCACCCCGUGCUUCUCAUCUGGUCGCCAUUAUUGGGAGGUAGAAGUGGAAGAGGGGAGAGGGUGGGCUCUGGGAGUCUGCAAGGAAUCAGUGGACAGAAGGAGGAAGAGCGGCUUUUCCUCUGAGCAAGGCUUCUGGGUCAUCAGCAUGAAGGCAGGAACAAUCCUUUUCAGCUCCAUUCCAGAAACCACCAUUUCUGCAAGCCCCGGACUUAGCCGGGUAGGGAUUUUUCUAGACGUUGAGAUGGAAGAAAUCAAGUUUUUUGAUGUUAGAAAUGAUGCCCUCAUCUAUAAGUGCAGUAAUUUCUUUAGGGAACCUUUACGCCCUUUGUUCUGUCCUGAGUUGCCUGGAGAAGAAGGCAAUGGUGGCCUCCUGAGCAUCUGCUUGUGA